AAUAUUAAUUCAGCUAAGUUCGCCGAGAGCAGACUCUAUUGAGCCACGUUGACGUGGUCUGUCGUUUCAUGUUCUUUCCACACUGGUUUUCCUGGUCUUCACCGGCAUAGAAGUGGCGGUGACGCCCCGUGAACGGCGUCGCAGUCCAAACCCAUUAAUAUGGGUGAACGUCAUGAAUCAUGCAACUGAAUCGCUGAUUAUCUGUUUGAUUGCCGGGAAAUUGUAGGUAGGAGAAUUCACGGUUCCUUUCAUUGAAAAAUACCUGAGAAAUCUUAAAGAUUUUCUCACUUUGGGCUUAGUUACUUGGCUUUUGAUUCCUCUUGAAAAUUUGGUUUCUCGGCAACCAAGCGCCGGCCACCUGUGAAUGAAAUUCUUGAAUUGAAGUGAAGAAAUGGCCUCUGUGCACCCUCUUGCUCAUCUCACCGACUUGGCCUUCACUUCCUAUUCUUCAUCAUCAUCAUCUUCUUCUUCUUCUUCUUCUCGACGACACCUAUCACUCCUACCCGAAAAUUUUCCACUAAAGUCGUGUUCUCGGAUUUCCAUUAGGCUCCAGAAUUGCCCAAACCCUAGCUUUGUUGCUCCGAAACGGAGUAAAAUUCGAGAAUUUAGGCUGUUUAAUUCGAUUGAACUAGAAAGAUUCUUGACGAGUAGUGAUGAAGAAGAAAUGAGUGAAGAAUUCUUCGAGGCGAUCGAGGAACUAGAGCGAAUGACUAGGGAGCCGUCGGAUGUUCUCGAGGAGAUGAACCACCGUUUAUCGGCAAGAGAAUUGCAGCUUGUGCUGGUGUACUUCUCUCAGGAGGGGAGGGACUCGUGGUGUGCGUUGGAGGUGUUCGAGUGGCUUCGGAAGGAGAAUAGGGCUGACAAGGAGACGAUUGAGCUUAUGGUUUCCAUAAUGUGCAGUUGGGUUAAGAAGUUGAUUGAAGGAGGAAAUGCUGUUGGGGAUGUGGUUGACCUUCUUGUGGAUAUGGACUGUGUUGGUCUGAAACCUAGUUUCAGUAUGUUGGAGAAAGUGAUUUCUCUGUAUUGGGAUUUGGGAGAAAAGGAGGGUGCGGUUUCAUUUGUGAAAGAAGUUCUGAAACGAGGGAUUGCAUAUUCGGAGGAUGACAGCGAUGGACACAAAGGAGGCCCAACUGGGUAUCUUGCUUGGAAGAUGAUGGCGGAAGGGGACUACAGAGAUGCAGUCAAACUGGUGAUGCAUCUUCGUGAAUCUGGCCUGAAACCAGAGAUCUACAGCUACCUCAUUGCAAUGACAGCUGUUGUUAAAGAGCUUAAUGAAUUAGCCAAAGCUUUGCGCAAGUUAAAAGGUUUCAUGAAGGCUGGUUUGGUAGCUGAACUUGACGUAGAUAAUGUUGAGCUUAUUGAGUUGUAUCAGUCAGAUCUUCUAGCCGAUGGGGUGUGCCUCUCCAAUUGGGUGAUUCAAGAGGGAAGUCCUUCAACGUAUGGCGUGGUACACGAGAGGCUUCUUGCCAUGUAUAUUUGUGCUGGACGUGGACUUGAAGCUGAAAGACAGUUGUGGCAAAUGAAACUUGUGGGUAAAGAGGCCGACAAAGAUCUUUAUGACAUUGUUUUAGCAAUCUGUGCUUCCCAAAAAGAGGCUCCUGCCAUUUCACGAUUGCUUACUGUGAUGGAGGUCACGAGCUCUGUGCGUAAGAAGAAGACUUUCUCAUGGUUGCUGAGAGGCUAUAUCAAGGGAGGGCAUUUUGAUGAUGCUUCAGAAACAUUAAUCAAAAUGCUAAAUUCUGGUCUGUGCCCUGAGUAUGUGGACAGGUUAGCUGUACUGCAAGGACUAAGGAAAAGAAUCCAGCAUUCCGGGACUGUGGAUACCUAUCUCAAGCUUUGCAAGUGCCUCUCAAAUGCAGGUCUAAUUGGACCUUGUCUUGUAUAUGUGUACGUAAAGAAGUAUAACCUUUGGAUCAUUAAAAUGCUUUGAGCAACACUGGUGGAAAUUUGUCAUUUUAGAUGCUGUUCUGUAGAUUUGCUUCUAGUAUCCCCUCCGCAGCAAAUUCAGCUGUACUUUUCUUCUGUAUAGAUGUACAUAAGAAGCACAUAAAAAUGGUUUGAACAGCAUUGAUGAUAUCAAUCCAGAAUUGCAAGUAUGCAGUAGCGUGAACAAUCUCCUACACCCCCCUCCUUGAGAGUUUUUGAAAGUUUGGAUGGCUUGGAAGUGUUGGGGAGAUCAGCUUCAGAUGCAACAAAAUAUAUAAUGGGCACAGGCUCUUGGGCUCAAAACUCAAAAAACACUUGUAUAUAUGGUUAAUGCUGCAAGGAUAAUCAGUGUGUUGUAACUAGAAAGACAAUAUGUGCAUGCUUGAGGUAUGUUCCUGUUGCAUUCAGUUUAUCUCCUGUACCAGGAACCUACUUGGGUCUGCCCUUUUAGAGGCUCAAGUACUUGGAAUAAACUUCAAGUUUCAAUA